AGAGAGAUAUUGGGGGUGGGGGCUUGGGAGAGGGUAAGGAAAACGAAAGCAUCGAACGAGGCGUGUGAGGGCUGUGAGAGAGCUCCUUACCGGCGCCAACACACAGCCACACACCCACAUACCCUUCUAGAGAGAGAGAGAGAGACCUCCUUCUCCUCCUCCUCCUCAAGCUGCUUCUUUUUUAUGGCGGCGGCCGCAACCAGGGCUGCUUUCCUCAUCUCAAUCCAACAACCACCGCCUCCCUCCUCCCACCACCACCACCUCCUCCUCGUCCGCCCCACACUUCCCUCCUCCCUCGCCACCAACCGCCGCCGCCCCUCCCCCGUCGUCAGCUGCCUGGUCUCCGGCGGAGGUGUCUCCGAUGACUUCAUAUCCACCACCAAGUCCAGCGUCUUCGAUCGGGAAUUCUCCGUGAUCGCCAGUAUGUUGCAAAAAAUCGAACCUUUAGACAAUUCCGUUAUUUCCAAGGGCGUCUCGGAUUCUGCCAAGGACUCCAUGAAGCAGACCAUCUCCACCAUGCUCGGCUUGCUUCCGUCCGAUCAGUUUUCCGUUACCGUUAGGGUUUCUAAGCGCCCUUUAGAUCGCCUCCUUAUGUCUUCCAUAAUCACGGGGUAUACUCUGUGGAAUGCGGAGUACCGGGUAUUGUUGAUGCGGAACUUCGAUAUAUCGACAGAUGAUUGGAGAAAUACGGAUUUUCUAGGGGGAAAUGAGAUUUCAGAGGUGAAGUGUGAGGAGAAUGAGGGUGGUGGGGCUAGUGAUGUUGGAGUUGAUACUUGCGGUGAAGAUUUGCAGAGGGGCAUUGAUAUUGAGAGUCUUGCCAAUUUGUCUCCUGAGGCUCUGAAAUACAUCCAGCAGUUGGAGUCAGAGCUUUCUACCGCUAAGAAGGAACUGAAUGCCAGGAAGCAGGAGAAUUUGCAAAUGGAGUGUUUAAGAGGAAGUAACAAUGAUUUGUUGGAGUAUCUUCGGUCCUUGGAAGCUGAUAUGGUGACUGUGCUAUCUCGACCAUCAUCAUUAGAGGUGGAGGAAAUUAUUCACCAACUUGUCGGAAACAUAUUGAGCAAAUUCUUUAAAGAUGAUUCUACCUCAGAUUUUGUGGGAGAUUCAGCCAUAAGGAGUUUAGGGAACUUAGAAAGCAGUGAUGAUGAAAGUUGCGAUACCAUUGGCACUUCAAGGGAUUACCUAGCAAAGCUUCUUUUCUGGUGUAUGUUACUGGGCCAUCACUUAAGAGGCUUGGAGAACAGACUGCACCUAAGUUGUGCCGUUGGAUUGUUGUAAGUGACGAAAAGGGUAGAGGAUGUCUUCUUUCGUGCACAUCGGGUAUGUCUUUUCAUCCAUCUUCAUUCAAAUGUCAGAACAUGUGGAUUAAAGACCCCGACUUCUAAGUAUUAAAUCACGUAUCAUCACUAGGAGAUCGCGUUGCCCUUAAGACACGACGAUUGGAAGUCUACACUUCCCCUUGUGCAGCGUCAUUAUUAUGGCUCGACUAUCAAUUGGUAUUCCCAAACACAAACAUGAUAAAGGGUUGAAGAGCUUUUUGCCACGAUCACGUCCCUGUGUAUAGAGAGGGCUACAACUUUUGUACUUCUAAUGUUAUUUUAGCUCGUACUUAACAUCU